AUUCAAAUUCAAAUUACUAUAUAUAGUAUAUACUUUCCUGCAGCCUCUGCCACCACCAGGUAGAUAGCUAAAUACGUAAGUAUGGAGUCCCAAAAUAAGGCAAAAAUCUCUCCAACCACAAGUCAAACCUCUCAAGAAGUGAGCAGUGAAACGGAUUUCAUAGAGAUGAGUGAACAAGAGGUGGAUCUUAUACGCAGAAUGCACGACUUGGUUGGAGAUAGAUGGAAUUUGAUAGCAGGUCGCGUUCCAGGUCGCAAAGCAGAAGAAAUUGAGAGAUUCUGGACUAUGAGACAGUGCUCCUCAUGCCAACAGAAAUCAUCAAAGUAAAGCAAAUUAAAUUUAGGAUUAAGAAUCUUGUUUUGGUUAUUCAGAUUAUUAUUAUUUUUGGAAUAGGGUUUAUUUUGAAUUAUUCGUAUUACCUCUCUAGUUGAAAGAGUUUGAAUUUUAUUAGUUUUGUAUACUUUGUACCCACAAAAUAAUAUAUCUAUUUAAGUAUA